AUGAUUGGCAUGAUCAAACAAUGUUUUUCUCCGGUGAGUACAUCAACAUAUUCAAAGGAAGAUAGUACAGCUUUUGUAAGUAGCCCAGCUAAUAAACUGGUGUUUUCAAGUUUUUUGACAACAAAACCUAAUAGAGGAGAGGAGGAGGAGGGGGAGGGGAGGGGAGGGAGGGAGGGAGGGAGGGGAAAGGGGAGGGGAGGGGAGGGGAGGGGAGGGGAGGGGGGGAAGGGGAGGGAAGGGGAAGGGUUGAGGGGGGGGGAGGGGAGGGGAAAAGGGGAGGGAAGGGGAGGGGGAGAGGAGAAAGGAAGAAGGAGAAGGAGAGGAGAGGAAGGAAGGAGAGGAGAGGAGAGGAAGAGGAGAGGAGGAGAGGAGAGGAGAGGAGAGGGAGGAGAGGAGAGGAAGGAAGGAGAGGAGAGGAAAGAGGAGAAAGGGAGGGGGAAGGGGAAAGGGAAGGAGAGGAAGGAGAAGGAGAGGAGGAAGGAAGGAAGAAGAAGGGGAGGAGAGGAGAGGAAGAGGAGAGAGAAGGGAGAGGAGAGGAAGAAAGGGAAAAGGAACGGACCCGGGGGAGGGGAGGGGAGGGGAGGGGAAGGGGGAGGGGAGGGGAAAGGGGGGGGGGGAGGGAGGGGAGAGGGAGGAGAAAACAAGUUAAAAACUGCUUAUUAA